AGAGAGAGAGGCAGAAAGUCAAGUAGGAAUUGUGCAAACUCUUCUCUGCAACACUUUGGUAAUAAGGAGACAUUCUCUAAUAAAUGGAAGAAAAAGGUUACUUCUUCUAAAGUGCUUUGAGCCCAAGAAAGAGCUGUCUUCAGCACCUCACCAUGUGUCUACUUUCUGUUGCGUAGACAAGCCUCGUUUCUAUACCAUUUGCAUUCCAUAUUGGAAGAGGAGAAUUUUAUAUAUGAAAGAAAAUGCCUUUGUUUAGUAAAUCACACAAAAAUCCAGCAGAAAUUGUGAAAAUACUGAAAGACAACAUGGCUAUUUUGGAAAAGCAAGACAAAAAGACUGACAAGGCUUCAGAAGAAGUGUCAAAAUCACUGCAAGCAAUGAAAGAAAUUUUGUGUGGUACAAGUGACAAAGAACCCCCCACAGAAGCAGUGGCUCAGCUGGCACAAGAACUCUACAACAGUGGGCUGCUGGUGACACUGAUAGCUGACCUACAACUGAUAGACUUUGAGGGAAAAAAAGAUGUGACCCAGAUAUUUAACAACAUCCUGAGAAGACAAAUAGGCACUCGGAGUCCCACUGUGGAAUACAUUAGUGCUCAUCCUCAUAUCCUGUUUAUGCUCCUCAAAGGGUAUGAAGCUCCACAGAUUGCCUUACGUUGUGGGAUUAUGCUGAGAGAAUGUAUUCGACAUGAACCACUUGCCAAAAUCAUCCUCUUUUCUAACCAAUUCAGAGAUUUCUUCAAGUAUGUGGAGUUGUCAACAUUUGAUAUUGCUUCAGAUGCCUUUGCUACUUUUAAGGAUUUACUAACCAGACACAAAGUGUUGGUAGCAGACUUCUUAGAACAGAAUUAUGACACUCUGCUUGGUGAACUGAUCCUGGACCGCCACAACUUUGCCAUUAUGACCAAGUACAUCAGCAAACCAGAGAACCUGAAGCUGAUGAUGAACCUCCUUCGAGAUAAAAGUCCCAACAUUCAGUUUGAAGCCUUUCAUGUCUUUAAGGUGUUUGUGGCCAGUCCUCACAAAACCCAGCCUAUUGUGGAGAUUCUGUUAAAAAAUCAACCCAAACUCAUUGAGUUUCUGAGCAGCUUUCAGAAGGAAAGGACAGAUGACGAGCAGUUCAGCGAUGAGAAGAACUACCUGAUUAAACAGAUCCGAGACUUGAAGAAACCGGCCCCCUGAAGACAGUUUCCUGCCCUGGUCAUGUGUCCCCUUUGCCCAGUUCGUACAAUGUCAUAUCCAAAAGUCGUCAUUCUUGGGGAGGCUUUGGAGGUGCCUGUUUUUUCUUAACUACUUGUUCAGGGUGGAUGGAAUAUAAACAUUUGAAUGGAAAAAAUUAAUCUAGAAUAAUAUAUUCAUUUUAAUUAAGUCUGUGAUUAUUUAUGUGAAAUCAGAGCCAUUGUAUUAGAAGUUGAUGGAUGAGUCAUCACAGAGGAGCUCAAAUGUCAGGCUCCUCGGAGUCCUGGGGUGGGGUGGGGGGACUGGGGGUGGGGCCAGGAGGUGGGAAAUCCUUCUGCCCAUCUGUACUUGAGCAGAUUUCUUAAGGUGCAGGAAGGUGCCAGAGGACAGGCUACUGGUGUCAGUCCUGGGUGUGCUUUUGUCUCUGCCCGGUAUAUCACCAUCAUCUCCCCACCCCACCCAGGACUGGGGAUUGAACCCCGGACCUUGCAGAUGUUAGGCGAGUGCUCUGCCACUGGUUACAUACCACGCCCUGCCCAGGAUGCUGACUAUAAUUAAUUGCUUCCCACCUCUCAGCUCACUUUCUGCUCACCGUCCCACGUUCCAUUCCAUGCCCAACCCACGCAGGGAGCAACCAAGUAGGAUCAGGGUGGGUCAACAAGGGCUGUGAUGUAUAUAAAGGACCCACAGGGCGGACUGCUCACAGGAGAACUGCAAACAGGUGGUUCCAGACAAAGUCACUGCUGUUCCAUGUUGACUUCUGGAGGGUCAGUGAUUGGAGUAUUUCAUUCAUAAUUGUCACUAUGGAAUGCAUGUUUGUGGUGACAGUGUAUUUUUAAAUGAGUAGAAAUCAUUGCAUUGGAAUUGUAGUGGGUACAAACCAUAGGUCCAGAGGGUCACAGUACGGGACUUCUACUAACAGGUGAUAUGGCCCGUGGAAAGGCAAAUGAUUCAUACAUGAAAAAAAAAAAUCCAAAUGACUUAAGGUUCUUUUUUCCCCCGGUUGUGACAUUCUGUCACUAUCAAGAAGUCUUCUGUGAAAAAGUAAAUCUAAAAACUUUGGUUCCAAAUGCUCUCUUACAUUCCAGGACAAUUAAGGAGUUAAUCUAUGUUCCUUUGAAAGGUCAAGAAACUAAAGAUAAAUAAGUUUUUUUAAUGUUAUGACUUGUUUUCAGACAUCAAAUAUAUAAAAUGAAAUUUUCAAGCUAUUUCUAGAACAUGAAGGGUACAAUGGCUACUCUGUGUUUUCUAAAUCAUAAGUUGUUCCCUUCCACGAGAACUCUCAAAUUUUACAAAACUUGGGUGCUGUGUUCUGUCCUUCAGCCAGAGAUUUCUCCACCUAGAGAGGAGAAAGAAAUGCGUUGUCCAGGAUCAGUGCCCUUGGUAGAUUUUGUACCUGAAGAAUGACCUGGCAGGGUGUGUCCCUUCCUGGCUGGGGUACAGGAGCCCUGAGGCAGAUGGUCUGGGUGGGACCUGCCACACCUUCUCAUAGCAGCUCUGGCAUGUGCCAGCAAGAGGGUCAGUGCCAGCUCCUAAGGACCUGCGUUUUCUAGUCACUCAAGUCACAUUAUUUUAAUAACACUCUCUAGAAGUCCAGAGUCCCUUAGAAUUUGGCUUUUCUGGGUUUGCUUAUUUGAUUAAAAAAGAUGAGUGCAAAUAUUUUUAAAGGAAAGUGAAAUAACCAUUGGAAAUGUAUUUGGUUGCUUAAUGGUGUUACAUAACAUCAUGGGACACAUGUUUUUCAUUGAAAAGUAAAACUUUAUUAUAAUUUAUUUUUACAAAGAAAACAUUUUAUUUUCUCUGGGCUUGAGUUAGCUCUUCCCUAAUGUCCCCUUAUCGUUACUCCGUACCUGUCAAAAAGAAAACUAGUUUCCCACACGGUAAAUGAAGUAGCUGGGGUUUUGCUGUGAUGUGAGUUUGUAAAUUAUUAACUCAAAAGGGGAACAGGAAGCUCACCGUCAAACUGUUUGCACAAAGAUCACUGUAAAUAUUGUGAGAAUUGAAUUUUGAAAAGGUCAUAUUUAAUAAUCUAUUUCUAAAGCACAUGUUUAAAUAAAGACUGACUAAAUAAAAAGAUCCCACACACA